AAACAUGCUCGCUACAGAGUAAAUUCAGCCUCUUCUUCGUGUCUCGUCUACUCUCCACGUGUGACUCGUGUGGACCCCGGCACAAAGACACGUCCUCCUGUGUUCAUGUGACAUCAGUGAGUGAAUACUGGAGCUGCCGGGAGGAAAGUGUCUAAGUGUCUGAUGAUAUAAGAAAAAGACGGUUUCACUUUCAGAGCACCAGUCUUCGUCACCAUGUCACUCCAGUUCGUCCACAAUCAGCAUGAAGGAGCCUACACACAGCUUAUGAAGGGUUUGAAAGAGUUAGACUUCCGUGACACUGGUGUUCCCAGUGACCUGGUUCUGAUUGGAGACCAUGCCUUUCCUUUGGCGAUGAACAGCCAAGGCCAGGUGCUGAUGGCUGCGUCUCUGCACAGCAAGGGAAGGAUUGUAGUUCUGGGUCAUGAGGGCUACCUGAGAGCCUUUCCAGCUCUUGUAGAGAAUGCUCUGACCUGGCUGAGAGGAGAUCAGUCCAACAACCAGUCUGUGGGGAUCCAGAAAAAGGCAAUGGCACUUGUUAAGAACCUCAACAAAUCCCACUUCCAAGUCAAAGAGGUGGGGGCUUUUAGUGAAUGUCCAGAGGUUGGUGUGUAUGUGACAGAUGCCUACACUGUGGGUGCAGACCACAAGGACCUGGUGGCGUUUCUGAAAGCUGGAGGUGGUGUGCUGAUAGCAGGACAGGCGUGGAGCUGGACUGCGAGUCACCCGAAGAAGAACACGCUGCUUGAGUUUGAAGGCAACAAGGUUUCGGGGGUGGCAGGGAUCUACUUCUCUAAUCAUCAGGGUGAGAAAGAGGUCCUGCCUGUCUAUCCUCACAUCCCAUCAUCCUGGAUGUCUGUGGUGACUGGGAAGGAUUUCGAGGACGACUUAGAGUUCUUACUGAACGGCGUUUCAGAGUUUGACUUUCAGGGCGGAGCUAUGUUUUCUGACAUUCUGGUCCACGGUCCACUCGCCUUUCCCAUCGGAAUCACAGAAAAGGGACAGACGUUCCUGGCAGGAGCUUACUACGGACAGGGAAGGGUCGUUGUGAUAUCACAUGAAGGAUUUAUCGGCGGAGAGAAACACGGUUCAUUUUGGAAUAACGUCCUUCACUGGUUGGAUGAAGGCCGACAAGGGACGAUCGGCGUAGCCCAUAAUCCUGCCCUCAAGGGUUUAAACAAGUCAGGAUUAAAGUGUGAGAAGACAACAUUCAAGAAGGACCUGAGUGUGUUUGUGUGUACAGCAUACAGUGACAAUCAAGCGGAAGACAUCGUGGACUUUGUGGCAGAGGGAGGUGGCCUGCUCAUCGGUGGACACGCCUGGUACUGGGCACAGACACACGGUGGGAAAAGCCCAUUGAAAGAGUUCCCAGGGAACAAGAUCCUGAACAAAAUGGGAUUGAGUCUGUUGGGAGAAACGAUUGGAGGAGGUUUGUACAAGACUCCUAAACCAAGCCAGUUCAUCAAAGACAACUACCACUUUCGCCACCUUCUACACUGCUUUGCUGGCCAUGUAGCACAGGGGGAUAAACUCACACAGGAGCAGGAGAAACAUCUUCAAAAGCUGGGCAAGGACUGUGCGACCUUCUUGAGCAUGAAUGCUCACGAAUGCUCCCAAUAUUCACAGGUUCUGUCUACUCUCACUGACGUGGUAAUGAGGUCAGGCAUGCCACAGGUGAAUGAGAAGUGUCCUGUGAAAAGUCCCAAAGACCACGUGCUUCUCAGUGUGGGAUCACAGUUGUUUAAGGUUUGCCCAAAUCCUGAUGCCCUCCUCCCCUACCUCAUCAAGGACAACCCACUGAUGGCAGUGGUUUACAACCACAAGAUCAAGGUCACUGUUCACACAGAAGGAUGGGUGGAGUGGAUCAGCACAGGCCUCUACCUCUCUCCUGGUAUGAAGACCUACCUUUCCAUACCAGCAGAGAUGGUCAACAGUGGAUGGAAGAUCCAGAUCGGCUGUCAGACAGACACACUGAAGCAUGACAAUUUGAAGAGGGCCCCAUGUGUUCAUGAGCGAUUUCCCCUCAACAAAGACAUGAUGCAGGUGUGGAACCUGUGGGGGGGGCUCAUCUACCUGGUGACCCCAAAGAAGACACAAGUGAAUGGUGCAGAGAUCGUGGUGCAGAUGGCUGUACCUGCGCCGUAUUACAAAUGUGGCGUGACAACAGCAGCUGAAUGGGCCUUGCUGCGCACGGCUCCCUCGCCCUGGGCAGAGCUGGAGUUUGACAACAUCAUCCUCACGGUGCCGUCCGAUGUGGUCCGGGACCUGGAGCGCCCCGAUGAGUUGGCGGCGCACUGGAACACCAUCAUGAAGGCCAUCGCUGACCUCGCAGCCAAACCACACAAAUUCAAGCACAAAGAACGCAUCGUGACGGAUGUGCAGAUUUCCCAUGGAUGGAUGCAUGCAGGUUAUCCUAUCAUGAUGCACAAGCCUACAGCAGCUGAGCUGGUCAGCAUUGACUUUGCCAUGAAGAGUGGUCUGUGGGGGCCCAUCCAUGAACUGGGUCACAACCAGCAAAGGGGCUGCUGGGAGUUCCCAUCACACACCACAGAGUGCACGUGUAACCUGUGGUCAGUGUAUGUGCAUGAAGAGGUGUUUGGGAUCAAGAAGGAAAAGGCUCACCCGGCCAUGCGACAGGAAGGUCGAGAGAAACGAAUUCAAGAGUAUGUGAAGGGAGGCAAGGACCUGAGCAAGUGGAGCAUGUUUGUGGCCCUGGAAACAUAUAUGCAGCUCCAGGAGAAGUUUGGCUGGGACGCCUUUAAGAAGGUGUUUACUGCGUACCACGAGAUGAGCGACUUUCCCAAAGGCAACAAACCAAAGAUGAACCUGUACGCUGAGACCUUCUCCAAGACUGUGGGGAGGAACCUGGCCCCUUUCUUUAAGUCCUGGGGUUGGCCGAUCGAGACAGCCACAGAGGAGAAACUCUCCAACCUGCCGUCUUGGAGUGACCACCCCAUGGUCCAGUAUGACUGAAAUGCUGCAUGCUGAGUAAAGUAUAGUGAGAUGGGUUUUAUGACUGCUGUUAUAGUUAUAUUUUAGAUUCUUCAGCGUAGCCACCUUUUGCUUUGACGAUAGCUUUGCACACUUCUGGCGUUCCCUUCAUCAAAGCAACGAUAUUACAUUACAUUACAUUACAUUACAUUACAUUACAUGUCAUUUAGCAGACGCUUUUAUCCAAAGCGAUUUACAAUAACUGCAUUUAAACAUUUGGGUACAAAUAAGAUCUAGAAGUAAGCAAGAGCUUCAAGUAAGCCAAACUAUGAAGUGCUAGUCAUAAGUGCGAUAUAUAAGUUGUUUUUUUUUUGUCGUCGUCAUCGUCUUAGUCAAUGUAGAGUCGGAAGAAAUGUGUUUUUAGUCGGCGGCGGAAAUGUAUUAAUUAUUAUUAUUAAAGCAAACUGGGCUUUCAAUACACAGAACACUGCAUACUCAUAUCAGGGGAGCAGCAUGUCUGACAGGUGCAUGACAGGGAAACACUGGACCAUUCGCUCUAACAGAGGCUCACAUAGAAAAAGAAUUCAGAUACAAUGGGCACAAACCCUAACGUUGCCGAUGAAUUUGUUUGAUUAAAAAUCUCAAAUCCAGAUCCAAAUCACCACCAAAGUCAAAUCAUUCCUUCUUUGGUUUAUAAACUUCAUCCCCAGAAAGUUCCAUAUAUGCUGCUCACACACACACACACAGACCUGUUUGGUGAAGCUAAUAACAGCACACAGAGCAGCAGGAGGAUGUCACCGGUCUCCUCCAGUCUGGAUUAUUGUAACGCUUCUCAGUGGGAUUGUCAGCCAGAGCAUCCAAAAACGACAACACAUUGAAAACAGUGCGUCUGGGAUCCUGCUGUGCAUCCAUGGUAACGCCCACCAAAGAACUUGUCAAAUUAUUGUUUCUUGUUUUACUCUCGCCUGUUUUUAACUCCUUUUGACUGUUUUUGUAGCACUUUCAAAUCUAAAGUGUGUUUCAAAUAAAAUGUAUUAUUAUUAUAAUUAUUAUUACUCUCUACUCAAGACAUUGGCACUCUACUGUAUAUUUACAUGGAUUUGUUUCCUGAGACCUCGAGAGAAGAAUGUUUCAAUUCAAUUCAAUUGUAUUUGUAUCGAACAUUAUCUCGAGGCUCUGAACACAGGCAACGUCAUGCUGUGUUUUCCUAUGGGCUCAUUAUCACUCAUUAUCUUUUUAAUGAUGAAUUUGACUACAUUUACAUUGUCACAUAGACAUUUAUUGUCCUCCAGGAAGAGCCAGUACUCGCCUGAUAGCCUGAUAGCACUCACACAGACGUUUCUUGUGGAGUUUUGUAAUGAUGUCAGUUUUGUGGGAGUGUUUAUGAUUACUGUGUCUUUGUAAUAUUGAUUCACACCACUUUAUCCCCCACAUGACGGUAACUCUUCAUAUGUUUUCUCCAAAAAUAAAAACUGGUGUAAUUCAUUGA